AUGGCCUCGCUGCGCCUUGCCAGCCCCAGGCUGAGGAACUACUUCAAGGAGAACUACAUUCCUCAGGUCUGCGAGGCUCUGUUAUGUGGUCUACUUGUUACAUGUCCUGAGGAUCCCCUGAGGUAUUUAGAGGAAAUGAUCACUGCUGUAAUGGAAAAUGGUCUUGAAAGUCUUCUCUGGGAUAUGUGCAUUGAUCCAUCAAUGAAACCCAAAAUUCGGAGACUGUCGGAAACUUACGUGGAACAACUUUUUGGACUGGAUGAUCAGCUGGUGACUCCAGAAUUAAUGAUAAAAGCAUGUACUUUUUAUACUGGACGUUUACUGAAGACCCACUUUUACACGUGGAGAGAGAUAGCAAUACCUCCUACAAAUGAAGAUGACCUUCUGGCUGAAAAAAUGGAAAAAUCAAUAGAAUAUGACAAUUUCAGACUUAAAAAAUGUGUAUUUCAUCACUGGCACUCUUACGUGAAAGGUCGAAAAGAACGACUUAAAGAUACACUACUGCGGGUACAACAGAUGUUUUACUGCUACAAGCUGAUAAUUAUCCUAACUAAAUGGAGGGAUAAAGCAAGACAUAAGUAUAAAAAGAGAGAAGAUGAGCUGAUGUUAAAGCAUGAACUUCAAUUAAAAAAAUGGAGAAGCAAGUUAAAAUUCAGAGUAAAUUCUAAAGAAGCAUACAUUUCUCCUGAACAAAAUGUGUCUGAAGUCUUUCUUGUAGGUGAGAUUCCUGAAUUUGACGUUUCACAGUUACCCAAAAGAACAGUAUUACAGAUUUUCUCCUACCUCAGUUUAAGAGAUGUGGUAAUAUGUGGUCAAGUUAAUCGCUCCUGGUUGUUGAUGACACAAAUGAGCUCAUUGUGGAAUGGUAUUGAUUUUUCCGCAGUAAAAAAUAUAAUCACAGAUAAACACAUAGUGUCUACUUUGCAAAGGUGGCGUCUAAAUGUGCUGUGCUUGAAUUUUCGUGGUUGUGUUCUCCAACUGAAAACUUUGAGAUCUGUCAGCCUCUGUAGAAACUUGCAAGAGCUGAAUGUCUCUGACUGUCCAACAUUCACGGAUGAAUCAAUGAGAUACAUCUCUGAGAGCUGUCCUGGAGUCCUGUAUCUCAAUCUAUCUAACACAACUAUCACCAACAGGACGAUGCGACUCCUGCCAAGGUACUUCCACAAUUUACAGAACCUUAGUUUGGCUUAUUGCAGAAAGUUUACAGACAAAGGUUUACAAUACCUGAAUUUGGGGAAUGGAUGCCACAAGCUCAUCUAUCUGGACCUUUCCGGCUGCACCCAGAUUUCAGUCCAAGGCUUCAGGAACAUUGCAAACAGCUGCAGUGGGAUUAGGCAUCUGACCAUCAAUGACAUGCCAACUCUGACGGACAACUGUGUAAAAGCUUUAGUUGAAAAAUGCCAUCGAAUUACAUCAGUAGUUUUCAUUGGUGCACCACAUAUUUCUGAUUGUACUUUCAAAGCUCUUUCUACUUGUGACCUCAGAAAGAUCCGAUUUGAAGGAAAUAAAAGGAUUACCGAUGCGUGCUUCAAAUUUAUAGACAAGCAUUCUCCAAAUAUCAGUCACAUUUACAUGGUGGACUGCAAGGGAAUAACAGAUGGUAGCCUCAAGUCACUCUCACCUUUGAAGCAACUUACUGUGUUGAAUCUGGCAAAUUGUGUAAGAAUUGGUGACAUGGGACUAAAGCAGUUUCUUGAUGGUCCUGCAAGCACAAAGAUAAGAGAGCUAAAUUUAAGUAACUGUAUCCACCUGGGUGAUGCCUCUAUUGCAAAACUAUCAGAGCGCUGCUCUAAUUUAAACUACCUGAGUUUACGAAAUUGUGAACAUCUGACUGACCUAGGAGUUGAAUUUAUUGUAAACAUCUUUUCUUUGGUAUCAGUAGAUCUCUCUGGAACAGACAUCUCUAAUGAGGGUUUGAUGACACUUUCCAGGCAUAAAAAAUUAAAGGAACUUUCUCUAUCUGAGUGUGAUAAAAUCACCGAUAUUGGAAUUCAGGCAUUCUGCAAAGGCUCACAGAUCUUGGAACAUCUGGAUGUCUCUUAUUGCCCCCAGCUGUCAGAUGAGAUUAUUAAAGCACUGGCCAUUUAUUGUAUUAAUCUCACAUCUCUCAGCAUUGCUGGCUGUCCAAAGAUUACUGACUCAGCAUUGGAGAUGUUAUCGGCAAAAUGCCAUUACCUGCACAUUUUGGAUGUUUCCGGUUGUAUCCUGCUUACUGACCAAAUGCUUGUGAAUCUUCAGAUGGGCUGCAAACAACUCCGGAUCCUAAAGAUGCUAUACUGCAGACUUAUUUCCAAGGAAGCAGCUAAGAGAAUGUCAUCUAUAGUUCAGCAGCAGGAAUAUAGUGCUACUGACCCUCCACUUUGGUUUGGCUAUGAUUGCGAAGGCAAGCCUCUUCCAGAGCAACAAGAUAUAACACAACUUAAAGAUUCAGAAUUGAUGGCGAAAGAGUCAACAUACAGUAGUGAAGAGGAAGCAGUAUGACCUUCAACCUCAAGCAGGAAGAACAAAAAAUGUAGAACUUGGCAACUUCAUUUCAUCCAAGUAUUUUUA